CAUCUUUGACUGCCUCUAUCCUUUCUCAGUAGCAGAUUUCCAUCAGAAUGGAGAGUUGUUCCCAGUCUACAAAUGGUGACACCAAGGCUGAAGUGACCCAUGACCUCAUCGAGGAUCUGAGUCAGCAGCUGGAGGACAUCCUCAGCACCUAUCAGGUCACCGAACAGCCAGGUGAGGCUGAGGAUGUUGAGGAAGAGGCCGUUCCAGACAAGACCAAAGACCAGAAAAUGGAGAAGAAGAUGCUGAAAGGCCUCGGGAAGGAAGCCAUGAUGCUCAUGCAGAGCCUGAAUAAACUCGGAAGCCCUGAGCAGAAACUGGAGGCUCUCAUUAAAAAACACGCUGAUCUGGUGA